ACGAGGGUAGUCUCCUUCCCUCCUCAGCAUCCUUCCUUUCAUCCUUUGCAAACGAGGAUAGUCUCCUUCCCUCCUCAGCAUCCUUCCUUUAGCCGCCUCGCCGCAUUAGCUGAACUCCAUCCUUAGCCUGACCACCUACCUGUCGUCUUUGUAAGAUGCCCAGUGUCACGGUGAAAGAUGUCAACCAACAGGAUUUUGUCAGGGCUUUGUCAGCUUUCCUCAAAAAGUCUGGCAAGCUGAAGGUCCCAGAAUGGGUCGACACUGUGAAGCUUGCCAGGCACAAGGAGCUGGCGCCCUGUGAUGACAACUGGUUCUACACCAGAGCAGCCUCCACGGCUCGUCACCUGUACCUGCGUGGAGGGGUCGGCGUCGGCUCCAUGAUCAAGGUCUACGGAGGGCGGCAGAGGAACGGGGUAUGCCCCGCCCACUUUAGCGUGGGCUCCAGAAACGUGGCGAGGAAGGUCCUGCAGGCUCUGGAGGGCCUCAAGAUGGUGGAGAAGGACCCAAAUGGUGGACGAAGACUCACCCCACAGGGCCAAAGAGAUCUGGAUCGGAUUGCUGGUCAGGUAGCCUCAGCAAACAAGAAGCAGCGAAGUUUACAAAGCGCCAUCUGAGGAAUGCAUGCAAAGAAUCCAGACAUAAAAAGAGCUGAAAUGCCUUAUUGCUUAUUUACUCAAGUUUGCUUGCCUCCCAAAUCACUCCAGCGGCCACAGUAACUGAAUGCAAGAGGCGUUUCACAGAGAUGCAUGAGUCCAUAGUACAAUAAGUUUAAAAAAAGUAUUAUACAUGGAUGUUUUGCAACACUUUCAGGUUAGUUUUUGCUUGAUUUAU